GGCGCCGUCAAGGUGGAGAAGGUGGAUGACGGGGAGGGCGCCGGCGCCGACGAGAUCGCGCUGGAUGGCGACGGCUCGCUGGACGACACGCUCGGCUACGUGGCUGAGUUCGAGAGCUUCGGCACCGCCGACCCGCUGCCCGGCCUGCCGGGUGUCGCGCCCACCAGCGCCGCCUUGCUGCCCCCGCCAGGGCCUUCGCAGCGGCUGAUGGACGACGGCAGCUCGCAAGGGCGCUGUGCCCGCUUCGUCUGCGACAUCUGCGGCCACACCUACCGCAACCUGAAGGCGCUGGGCGACCACAAGAACAAGCACAAGGGGCUGACGGUGUGCCCCGUCUGCCGCCGCGUGCUGAGCAACAUCCCGAACCUGCGGAUGCAUCUGCGGUCGGUGCACCGGCUGGAGCGGGACGAGAUUUACCGCAUCAUUCCGCCGCAGGACCAGAUCCGCUGACCGCCUCGUGUGCUGGCGAUGUGGUGCGGUGAUGUAUGCCGGGUAUGAGGUUUAGUGACUUGGUAUGCCGAGAUAAGAUGUGUUGGCCUGAUAUGCCGGGGAGCAGAUGUGAUGACGUGGUAUGUCGGGGACAAGGUUUGGUGACUUGGUAUGCCGAGAUCAGAUGUGUUGACUUGAUAUGCCGGGGAGCAGAUGUGGUGACGUGGUAUGUCGGGGACAAGGUUUGGUGACCUGGUGUGCCGGGGAUCAGAUUGGGGACUAGGUGUACUGAGGGCCAGAAGUGCCGACGAGGCGCAUCGGGGACAUAAUGUAGUUUGUUCUCUGGGUGAGAAGUGCCGCUGGUGGCACAUAUUGCUGGGAAAGCAGUCUAAUCAAUUUUGAAUGUGUGUGACAAUAGGGCCAUUAAAUGUUUGUUUUCAAACUCCAUCGGGUUAACGGUACCUCUGAUGAUAAUGCCGCCAAGUUAAGAGCGCAGAACCGGUCUGACGAGCUCGGCGUUAAUGUACCAACGCCGACUUUUUAGUCAAAGCUGCGAUGAAAGCAUGUCGUUCGGAGCGUUGAUCGAUGACCACUGGUUUGAACUGCCCGGGCGUACGAGUGCAGUCUCGUUAUAUCUGCGGACAUCUGCUCUCGCAUGUCGUGCUCACAUGCCCCGCUCAUUGGAACACUGAGGGCCGUCUCACGACAGCCAGUGAGCAGUCGGCCCGGCGCACUCAGCUGGAAGACGCCAGACACCACGCUGAGAUGCGGCCGUCUGAUGUCCGGCCAGUGCAGUCCGAUGUUCGGCUAGGGCAGUCCGAUGUUCGGGCGGUGCCGUCCGAUGUUCGGCCAGUGCAGUCCGAUGCUCGGCCAAAGCAGUCGAAUGUUCGGCUAGGGCAGCUGGCUCAGUGUGGUGUACGGUGGCCGUGUUUGCUCGGCUGGACAGUGCGGGAGGAGUGACCGGGCCUGCCGUGAGCUAGUAGAAACGCUGUUUUGGUGACAAAUGCGCUACACUGGCUAUAACGCGGUCGCCUCCCUGCCUGCCUCUCCGUGGUUGGACUGCCUCUCCAUGGUUGCCACAUGUCUGCGGGCGGCGUUGUGGUGUGUAUGGG